AUGGCAAAGAACACAUCGAGUUCGGCUUUUCGAAAAAUCGACGUUGAUCAGUAUUCCGAAAACAAUUUUAGAGAAGAUGAGACUGAUUCCGGUGGUUCAGUAGGACCAGAUGAGAACGAAGUUAACAAUUUACUUCAAAAAGGGAAACAUUUAGAUGCAUUAAAAGUGGUUUUGAAUAAUGCUCCAUUAGGAAUAAAAAAUCAAGUAAUCAAGGACAAUGCUUUCAAUAUAGCAUUCAAAGUACUAUUAGCAAUAAAACCAUCUCAAAUAGAGGAAGUCACAAAUUCCUUAAAUAUCGAAUAUUUGGAUACUCUAAUGAAGUAUGUUUAUAAAGGCUUUGAAUGCCCAUCAGAAGGCAGCAGUGGACAUUUACUGUUAUGGCAUGAAAAAAUUUAUAAUAUUGGUGGAGUUGGUUGCAUUGUUAGAGUAUUGUCAGAUACCAGAAGAGUUUAA